UUUGCUUUAUUGACCUCGAUAGCUAAUGCCAAACGUGGCCUCCUGCCUUUUUGGAACUGCGAUCUCCCUAGUGAUCUGUCCGUCACAAAAAACAUAGUAUUGUACUAUUGUAUAGAAAGGAAAGGACCCUCCAGUGGUAAUCUCACCCUUUUCCCCUUUGAAAAGAAAAGAAAAAACGAUAAAUGGAGAAGUUUUCUCUGAACGCAGUGAGCCAGUGAAAUACUAAAAAUGGGGGCUUUGUGUUUCUCAGGGUCAGGGAGAGAGAGAGAGAGAGAGAGAGGGGGGGGUCAGGAGUUACUAAGAGUAGUAGCAGAAAAUAAAUAUAUAUAUAUACACACACAUUGAGAGAGAGAAACUUAAAAAGGAUGGGAGGGGUUGAAGGAAGAAGAGUAAGCGAGGAACUAAAACCAUAUGGGUAUUUCGGGGUUUGCGCCGUCGGAGGAAUGCUCAGUGCCGGCACUACCCAUCUCGCUAUCACUCCUCUCGAUGUCUUGAAAGUCAACAUGCAGGUGCACCCAGUCAAGUAUAACAGCAUUUACUCAUGCUUCACUACCCUAUUGAGGGAACAAGGCCCUUCUGCCCUGUGGAGAGGUUGGGCUGGCAAGUUCUUUGGAUAUGGUAUUCAAGGAGGCUGUAGAUUUGGUCUAUAUGAAUACUUUAAGUGUCUCUACUCCAAUAUCUUGGUAGACCACAACAGAAGUGUCAUUUUCUUUAUUAGCAGUGCAUCUGCUGAAGUAUUUGCCAAUAUAGCUCUCUGCCCAUUUGAAGCAGUUAAAGUACGGGUUCAAGCACAGCCCCAAUUCGCUAAGGGUUUGCUUGAUGGCUUUCCAAAGUUAUUUGCAUCAGAAGGCCUCCUUGGAUUUUACAGGGGACUUGUACCACUUUGGGGCCGAAAUCUUCCCUUCUCGAUAGUAAUGUUCUCGACCUUCGAGCAUUCUGUUGAUUUUCUUUAUCAAAAAGUUAUUCAGAAAAGAAAGCAGGAUUGCUCAAAAAUUCAACAGCUUGGAGUGACAUGUUUGGCUGGCUAUGCUUCCGGAUCCAUUGGUAGCUUCAUCUCCAAUCCUGCUGACAACAUUGUUGCUUCUCUUUAUAACACAAAAGCUGAUAGCCUCAUGCUGCAGGUGGUGAAGAAAAUUGGGCUUGUCAAUUUGUUUACAAGAAGUCUUCCUAUUAGGAUAAUGCUGGUCGGACCUGCAAUCACUUUGCAAUGGUUAUUCUAUGAUGCCAUCAAAGUUCUAAGUGGAUUGCCAACUAGUGGAGAAGUUGCAACCGACAUCACAUCAGAGUAGAUGGAGCAGCAGCCUAAGAUCAUGUAAUUUUCACAUCCAACACAGUGACAAAGACCAUAACAUAUUUCAAGUGCAAAAGUGAUCACAGAUUGACACCGUAUGACUUUUGUGAUGGCAGCUUUUGAUUCUUUGCCAUCAGUUUUCUUUUGGAUGCAGCAAUUUUCUAGACAAAUAACCUACUUAGAAGCUAGAAGCUAUCAUAAAGUUCAACUUAGAAGGAUGGUAGGAAAGUCCAAAUUCUACAUCGGCAAUCCGGAUACCCGGAGGUUUUUCUGCAAUGUAAAAUUUAUGUACAAGGCUUGUUCAUAUUUUGGUAUAAUGCUUAUAUACUGCUCGGUUACCGUUUAGGAGGCUGUUGAAAUGGGUUGGACUGGCAGGCCGCUUUCAUUUAUGCAGUAUGGAAAAGUCACCAACUUAAGAAAACCCCAUGCCCUUAAUGUGAGAAACUGACAUUCCUGUUUAUUUU